AUGCCGCCUGGUCAACUUCUGAAAGCUUCGAGGACGAAGAUGCAGGCCUGGGUCACUAACAAUGGGCUCAGCAAUAGCCAGCCUUCCCCCUCGGCCUACGACGGUUCAGGAAUUCCGCAGAAGCACCAACAUGCCUAUGACUUGGGCCGACAACAAUACGAAGCACAGCCGACACCUCCUCUGACACAGCAGGAGUCGCCCCCUCGCUCUCGGGCGCCCAUCGUCAAUGCGAACUCGACACGCGCCGCCGCUGUCCAGGCAGCCCGACUACCCGUUCCAAGUCUACCCGUUCCAAGUGGUGCGAGCCAUGGUCGAAACACGUCGCUGAAUUUGCCACGAGGCAGAGCAAUCUCUUCGGAGCCGCUCUCGAGCUCCGCCACCAAGGGACAAAAGAAGUUCUGGGAAGGGUCAACAGUAGAUGGUUCCUUGUUUAGUGAGACAGCUAGUAAUGUCGACGCGAGCACGGCAGCCACAUCGCACCGUCGCGUGGCACUUCAGGCACCGCUCAACUACCAACAGCGAGACCCUCCGCGUCAUCGCCCGGUCCCGGUCCAACAAGAGGUCAACAGAGUAGAGCAGCAUCCCCCGUUUGUCAUUGGUCGUAACGGCUUAAUCGACGUGAUCGCGAACCCUCUCACCAGAAGUGCUUCGACACCCGACGCUAGAAGCCAACGUGGUAGUUUUAAGGAGGCUACCCCUGAGCCAAACCGUGACCAGUAUUAUGACCAGUAUACCGAAGACAACACAUCUGAAGCAUCUCCGGAGAAGACACCCUCCGCCAAGCGACUUCAUCAUCCGAAGGCCUUCGCCAUGAGGACAGCUCGGCCUGAUUCGAUUUCUGAAAGGACCACCUACCCGCAUGGAGACACCGGGAUGUCGUCGUCCCCACAGAAGCACCACGCCUAUGACGUUCCUGAUGGUCCCUAUGUUGAGGUGCCCCCGGAACAGCCUAAGGCGCCCGAGCACUUAAGGCUGAAGGUGCCAACGCAGGAAGCCCAUCGUUCGACCGUCUUCGCCGAUACCGAUACCCCCAUGGUGAGCCACCCGGACGAAUCAGACAGCGAAACCAUCGAUCAGCCACCGACGCCGAAGCCAAUCCCAAAGGCAAAGCCUCAAGUGAGCCGACAACCUCAAGUGAAUAGGAUACUCUUCGGUAGGGAUAGUGAAGGGCAGAUCGGUCUUCAUCAGAGCGCCAUGCCUCGCGCACCCGUUGAGAAGCGUCAGCCAGUCGCAAAGAAGCGUCACUACGAGACCGAUUAUGACGACAGCGCUCUGGCAGCUAUGAACUAUGCGAAAUUGAAACAGGAGGCCUUCGACCAUGACCCAGCUCAGGCCGAAGCGCGGUCAGUCGUGGGACCACCUCAGGGUACCUUGCCACAGAAACUGGACCACUUUUUCAACAAGGAUGAAUCGAGUCAGAUGGAGUUCUUCAGCAAAAUGCCCGUUCGAGAAUGGGAAGACUCUGGCGACUGGCUACUGGAGAGAUUUGGGGAGGUCAUGAACCGACUCAAGGCUGCUCGCAAGGACAAGCGAGCGAUGAUGGAGAACUUCGAGGACGAGAUUGCUACACGAGAGGAGCAAGUGAGAGGCAAGAUCGACUAUGUCGACACUAAGUUGGUGGCACUAAAAUCUGAAGGCGAAGGCAUGAUGAAGGGAGUGGAGUACGAAUGA